AAGUUAUUCUACUACUAUUGUGCAUAUGAGUACACAGUAAUAAAACAAAUUGUGUAUUUGACUUUUUUAAUAAUAAAACUAAAAUUACAAUACAGCAACAAUGGCUAGGGUAUUUAUGCUAUUGUCUGUGAUAUUCAUCAGUGUUUACGUGACAGAACAAGCAUACUUUUUGGAAGAAGAUUACAUUAACAAAAUCAAUGAGCAAGCAACCACAUGGAAAGCAGGCGCCAACUUCGACCCAAAAAUGGCUGAAGAACAUUUCGUAAAACUUUUGGGAUCCAAAGGAGUGCAAAUUCCAAACGAAGUAAAUCAGAAAAUGUACAAGACCGAAGAUGAGUCUUACGACAACUUAUUCGGCAGAAUUCCAAAGCAUUUUGACGCUAGGAAAAAAUGGAGACGUUGCAGCACGAUCGGAAAAGUUCGUGACCAAGGAAAUUGUGGAUCCUGUUGGGCAUUGGCUACGAGCUCUGCUUUCGCCGAUCGUUUGUGUGUAGCUACAAACGGAGAUUUCAAUCAAUUGUUAUCCGCCGAAGAACUCACUUUCUGCUGUCAUACAUGUGGUUUCGGAUGUCACGGUGGUUAUCCAAUAAGAGCCUGGAAACGUUUUAAGAAUCACGGUCUAGUAACCGGAGGAGAUUACAAAUCCGGAGAGGGUUGUGAACCAUACAGAGUGCCACCUUGCCCUUAUGACGAACAAGGAAAUAAUACAUGCGCGGGUAAACCAAUGGAAAAGAAUCACAGAUGCACAAGAACAUGUUACGGAGAUCAAGAGCUCGAUUUCGACGAAGAUCACAGAUACACACGUGACUACUACUAUCUGACUUACGGCAGCAUCCAAAAAGACGUUAUGACUUACGGACCAAUUGAAGCAUCGUUUGAUGUGUACAGCGAUUUUCCCAGCUACAAGUCAGGUAUUUACGAGAGAACCGAAAAUGCCACAUAUUUAGGAGGACACGCUGUGAAGUUAAUCGGUUGGGGUGAACAAUACGGAAUUCCAUAUUGGUUGAUGGUCAACUCAUGGAACGAAGAUUGGGGUGACAACGGUUUAUUCAAAAUUCGACGAGGUACAAACGAAUGCGGAGUCGAUAAUUCUACAACUGCUGGUGUACCAGUUACCUACUAACAAAUUUUGGUAUUUGUCUAAGAAUAACAGUGUAAUUUUUUUUGUGUUUGAAUAAAAUUAAGUUUCUUCCUUAA